AUGUUUUCGGACCAUCUACCAACAUAUUAUACAGUCGCAAAUGAGCUGCCUGUGUCAAACAAAGCAAAAUAUUUUCGCGAUUUUUCUCAUUUUGACAGUGAUUCAUUUUUAAGAGAUGUAGAGGCUAUCGAGUUCUCUGGCCUAGUAAAUGAUGACGUUAAUCAAAGUACCGGUAUUAGCAACUUAGUUGACAUACUACAAAAAAUUUCUGAUAAACACGCACCUAAGCGCAGAUUAAAUAGCAAAAAGAAAAGACGUUUAAAGAAGCCUUGGAUUUCCAAUGCCAUUGCCACUUCAAUCAAACGGAAACAAAGACUCUUCAAAUCUCACUUUCUAAGCCGAGAUCCGGAAAAAAUUACGAUUUACAAAGUGUUCAAUGAUAAACUGAAUAGAAUUAUUUCACGGCACAAUUUAACCUUAAUAGUGAGACCUUAAAAAGAACUUGGAAGCUUAUCGGUUUGCUCAUAAACAGGAAAAAGGGUGGCACCCCGCCAGUAAUAACUAAAGUCAUCUAUAAUGGUGCUUCCUACACAGAUAGGAAGAAUAUUGCCCGUCAGUUUUAA